AUGUCCUCCCUCCACGAUCCCUUAGCCGGCAUCCUGGCGCAACCCGUCAACCCCAACAUCAAUGCCUCCUUCAUGCCUCCGCCUCAGUCAGUGUACUACAACUACUACAAUACCGCCUCCAGUAAUCUCAAAAGACUUGCGAGGCGAAGGCAUAAACUUACUAUUCUUCUAUCAAACUUUACUUUGAUACUCGGCAUAGGAGGUGGCGGUGAUGCUGGGCCAGGCCAUGUUCAACUCGCUGGAGCUGUCUCAGAGCGAAUGAUCCAAUCAGGAAGCAUUCAUUCUGAGUAUAUACGGCACUUACCUCAAGUUGACGGCCGCAUGGUUCCCUAA